AUGAGUACGGCGACGCCUACAACAAAACGUAAGCGGAGACGCUACAGCUGUGGCCCAUGUAAGACACUUAAGAUUAAAUGUAAUUUGCAGACGCCAUGUGAGGCAUGCAAGAAGGUUGGAAGGGAAGAUAAAUGCUACGAGGAUCCGCCAAGACCACCAUCGAGUGAAGAAAUCAGUAUUAGCACUCGAAGAAAGACGUUGGCCAAACGGAAGAAACAGUUGGCAGCGCUUUCAGAGGAAGAAGACUCGCUGCCUGCUAAUCAUGGUAAACGAGAUGAGCUCGAAGAUAGUUCUGAUAAAACGCUUCACAAGAUGCCAGUUUCUGGCACGAAUUUCUCUGAAAGUCCAUCGGCGACUCCGGCUCCAAAUAGUGUAACGGUUGAGCUGUUAAAUAAAGGUAGUUUGGAACAGGGUAUAGUCCAAAAUGUUAAUUAUUCGGUACUACCGAGAGCAAUGAUUCAUCUGAGGAUAGACGACACGAAAGACCCUUGCAUAGAGAACAGCUACGUAUCGAAUGCUUCUGUUCCUGGUCUGUUUGCUUCCAUAUCCUCGACGUCAUUAUCUGAUAAUCAGGGUACUGCAUCGAGAAGCGUUUCUUUAUCGUCUUCGUUGUUGAGCCAUAGUUUAGGAGGGGGCUUAGACGAUAUAAGGUUAAAUCCUGAUGUUAACAAUUACGAGUAUCGCAACUCAAUUCAGCAUCAGAGAAUGAACGAGCUUUAUUUAAUGGGGACACAAGCAGUGGAUCAACCGUUGAACACACAUAACUUUUACCUAUCGCAGCCAAAUAUGACAAUUACAAGCCCAGGUCAAGAUCAAUCAAAUAAGAGGUUUCAUUCAAACGCAAGUCCAAUUGAAGUAGAAGAUAUGCAAAGUAAGCAAGUCAUGUUCACAUUUAAUAAUACGGAUUUGAAUAUCUUCAAAAGUUUUUUGCCCGCAUUCCCAAUACUAGAAGAAUUGGUCCAUCAGUACAUAUUGUCUAGUAGCUAUACCUACUAUAAUAUUUUGAAUAUGGGAGAGGUUUUGAAUGUAUUUAAGGGCUUUUUUAAUUCUAUUUCAAAUUUAUCAUCGACUGAUACGAUCAAAAUUGAUAAGCAUAGUUUGAAAUGCAUUAGUCAUUUUUAUGCUAUCAUGUCAAUUGGCUACUUGUUAUCAGGAUGGGAAAACGAAGUGAUUGUAAAUUUGGAUAAGCAAACAGUUAUACAAGGGUGGAUAAAUAUUUCGAGUAUGAUACGGCAUAUCAUAGUAGACUCCACUAAGAUUUCUGAUAUCCUUUUUUCAAUUGAAUGGUAUCUAAUUAUACGAGAUUUUUUCACCUAUAAUAAUUUGGUUUUGGACGAUUAUUCUUCAUUCAUUAGCGUAAUAGAACUUUUGAAGCUGAAUAAGUGGAUUUUGGAUACAAUUAAGAAAGACACCAAGAAGGUUUCAACACAAGUGGAUAAAAAUGUUGUUCGAGUGGUUAUGUAUUGGAUCCAUCUAAGAAUAGUCGACUUAGAAGUGCCGUAUAUUAUGUUAAAGGGCACAUUUAUUGAUUCCAAAGAAUUUGCAAAUUCCGUUGUUCCAGAUAAACAAACAUUUGAUUUUCUAUUCAAUGAUUUGACAAACAUAACUGAUCCAUUGUCAAAUAUAUCGUUUCAAACAAUGAGACUUUAUUUUAACAGAACUCAAUACACGUCAUCAAUCAAGCUGUUUCUUAGAUCAUACCUUGAAUUUUAUUGCGAUGUUUCGUCAUUGUCUCUAGACGAACUAAAAGAUUUCAAGAAAAAGAGUCUAGAGCCAGGUUUUGAACAAACGGAUUCCGAUUUGCGAUCCCUUGUGAAAAAUCAAUUUUGCCAACAAGCAGCAAUAAGAUGGCUAUCUUUUAUGAGUAUUGAAUUCACUCAUUAUUUUCCCUCCCUAAGAUUCGCAUCAUAUUUAACAAGCAUUCUUAAUUUGUUUAAUCAUUUUCAUUGCUUAGAUAGCACAAUAAAGCGUCAAACCAAUAAUCGAGUGUCUUUAGUUGACAGAUUACUCCAGACCUGCAACUACGGUUGUUUCUCGGUGUUUGUGCGUUGUCUAGUGUUACAAGGUAUGUUCAUUAUGACCUUGAAAAACUUCAAAAGUUCAACCAACACAAUACUUAACUUUGGAGAAAUAUUUGACAUAGCGAGACGUAGGUUCCAGGAUACAUUCACCGUAUUUUGGAAUAGCAACCAAGUUCAUCAUAGAUUGUAUCCGAAUCUACCAUUAUUUCGAAAUUCAUUUGAUCUAUGCCAUCAAAUGUGUCGUAUAUUUGAUAACGGUACGCAAUUUGACCAGCUUGACGAUUUCAUCGCCUAUUUGACGUCUGAAAUCCCCCUUUAUGAUUAUUUAACCGAAAACUAUUUUGCUUCUCGAGAUAAUUUGAGACUGUACUUAGAAAUCUUGUGGCAGUUACUUACACGCAUAAAAUCUACUGAUCAAUCAACCACACUCAUUAUAUCGGAACUGUUAUUUUUGAACAUGGAUCUAAUUAAUAGUAGAUUAGAUGAUCCUACAGGGCUUAUAAUAACUUCCAAAGUAGUUGACGACUUCGCUAAAUUAGUAAUAGUGCCAAACACACAUGAAUGA